UACAAAAUAUACAAAAAAAUCAUGAAAAACAAAUCUCUUAUAGAUACCGUAAUAAAAAUACCAGAAAAUAUAAGUUUGGAAAAGAAUAUCAGUAGUUCAGUCUAUACUAUAACAGGUCCAUUAGGUUCGUCAACACUCGAUCUGAAAAAAUUAGAUCGAUUUGGAUCAGCUUGUAUAAAUAUAGAUACUAGAAAUAAACAAGUAAUUGUACGUUCUUUCCAUCCAUCAUAUAAUGGAUUAUAUAAACAACUCAUUGAAAAUAAAUUUAUUGGUGUUUCUAGAGGUUUUUGUAUCUAUCUUGAUAUUGUUGGAGUUGGUUAUCAUCAAGGCUCUCCAAUUAAAGAUACAAUUGUGUUGAAAUUAGGACAUAGCCAUGAUAUACAUUAUAAAGUUCCUAGUGGGGUACGUGUGUUUUUACAAAGUCCUUCAGAAAUAUGUUUAUUUGGUGUGGACCUAAAUCAAGUUUCACAAGUAGCUCAUUCUAUACGUAACACUCGACCACCUAGUAUAUAUAAAGGUAAGGGUAUUCGCUUAUCUAAUGAAAAUAUAACGACACGAACAGGAAAACGUAAAUAA